AUGGCGGAGAUAGUUUUUAGCGGUGUCACUAACGACGCCGAUGUGCAGGGAACACUCUUUCAAGGCAUCAAGUUCUGGAUCUCGCACAAAGUCCCGCAGAGAUCAAGGUUCCUGAGUGAUGUCAAAGCCAAUGGCGGUGACAUUCUUCCUCUGGAAAAGCAUGCGAACGUCAAGAUUGUAGAUCAUGCAAGGAAGGAAGCUCCGCCUGGAUCACACUCAUAUACCUUCAUCGAGAAGUCAAUACGCAAUGGCGUUCUAGAAGAUCUUGAUGAUCACAAGGUUGGGCCACCUGAAGGAAAUAUCAGGAGCAUUGGGUCCAUUGUGCAACCUCCGAAGGGGACGCGCAACAAAUACACGGAAGCAGAUGACCGUAUACUUUGGAAAUGGGUCAAUGAUCAUCCUCAACAGGGGGGUGGUACAGAUGGCAAUGAAAUCUACAAGCAGCUCGAGAAAAAGCAUCCACAGCAUCCAUGGCAAUCUUGGAGAGAUCGGUGGAUAAGGCAUCUUAAAGGGAGAACGGCUCCGUUUGCACUUCCUCACAAUGCUCCACCAACACCACCUUUUGACAUUCGCCACACAACCGAGUCCUCAAAGAAUUGGGCAAUUACAUCGGAUACCGCCACUGACGAUUACCAGUCUUUCUCGGAUGAUGAUGCCGAAGCGUUGAUGGCCAACGGCGAUGACAUUUUGAAAAUACACCCAGACAACAUCAAUGAGGCCUGGGAGAGCUGGACUCGAGACCACGAUAAGGGUAGUAUUCACACUGCACAGCAAUGGUACUUAUUUUGGGAGGAUAGGGUGCGGCCUAGAUAUUUCAGAAGAAAGGCCAAACAGACCAGAAGAGCGUCCCCCGAGAAAACUAUACCUGCCAGAUCCCAGAUCCCUAUUUCACCCCAGAGAACGGUGGCCACUCCUCCAUCGGCUUUCUCGUCUUUCAAGAGAGACUACUCGCUCAUGCCAGAGCUCACCCAGAAGACGAUUUCCAAAUUUCAGAACCCAACCUCACCUAAGAGGUCCAGGGCUGCUCUGCCAUCCACUCUAUCGCCCGUUUCCAAGUCAUACCAAUCGCUCAUUGCCGAGCCCCUCAAAAAAACAGUUCCCUUUGAAGUUCGGAACCCUGUCUCACCCAAGAGAUCCAUGGUCGUCCCCCCCUCAUCCGGAUUCUCGCCUUCUGUUGAGAGAGACUAUUCGCUCAACCCGGCGGCCAGAAGCCCAUCUUACCAUCCUGAGUCACCUACGGUGACAGCCACGGCUCCAUCAAUGAUUCAACAAGCAAAAGACAUCCUCAGCAUGCAUUUGCCAAGCUUGCCGUCCAAGAACGAGUGGCAUACCCAAAGGACCUCUGAGAAAACCCCCUCGCCAUAUCAUGAGACGCUCAAGAGGAAGCAUGUUGCUAUCGAGGAGGACCUCCCGUCAAGUUCGCCCAUAGGACCAAUUUCUCCGAAGCGUAGGCGGCCAAGUGCGUCAGAGUUGCCCCUGGAAAUUGCGUCAACCCCCGAAAAAAGUCGAGAGCUAGACAUUGAAGGUCCAUUCUCUCCUCUGUUGAUCAAGUUGGAGCUUGAAGAAUAUGAGCCUAGUCUCCCCGAAGGUUUCACCAAAAACGAUAGUCUUCUUGGCCAACAGCUGUCUGACACUCUUUCCGAGCGUGGCCGUGUUGUCAACGAUACACAAGCCGUAUUUGGAGACGCUACCCAGCUGAUCGACUUUGACAUCCCUGCGCCCGAAGGAGGCUGGGACAAUGAUGAGCUCCCAGUCCAAAGUUCUAGCCAGCCCUUGGGUUUUGACGUCUCACCACCGGAAGACGGCAGGGAAGACAACAAGCACAGUAGCAAAGAAUCUACUCAGUUGGUAGACUUCGAUCUUCUGCCUCCUGAAGGCGGCUGGGCUGAGGAAGAACCCCAGGUGAAAGAAGAAUUCAAAGCCUCAAACACAGAAAUGUACGACGCUCAGCCUACUCUACCAGACACUCAGGCAAUCCUGCGGAGCAAAACUCCAGCGCCAGAUUUCUCCAUCCCAGAUCCCGACGGUGGCUGGAACAGCUUGAUAGCCCCAUCAUCGCCGCUCAUGCCCAACUCCCCACGCGCUGAAAGCGUGUUCUCGCAAACAGACCUCAAAGAUCAAAUGGAUGCCUGGAUCGAUGCUCACGCCAUCAAAGGUAUAUCUGUUGAGCAGGUGGAGUCAGUGCUCAAGAGUACGAGUAUGGACACUACUCUCGCAGACAAGGCUUUACGACAUCUGGCGAAGAAAGGAAUGUUGCCGAAGGAUCGGAGAGGUGUGUGGACGGAAUCAGAUGACGAGGACUUGAAAUCAACGGAUGCGAGGAAAAUCCAGCGAUUACAGGAGAAGCAUGGCGCGGACUGCCUGACGGCGAGAUGGGAGUUUCUAGACUUUUACGCAGAGGAUGCAUGA